UUUUUCUCAGUCGCUUUGGUACAUAUCUCAGAUCAGAAUUGAAAUUCUCAAAACUACCUGUUCAAUUCUCACAUCAUUGUGUCACUUGUGCACAUCAAAAAAGCAGUUUCUCAUUUCUUUGAACAAGUUGCAAAUGCUUUGGUACAUCCAUGCAAAUGAUUAUGUACAAUUCUCUGUUGUUUCCUACAUUAUCAGUUGCUUAUGUCAUGUUGAUCAAAAUGUAUUAUAUUGGGUCUCUGUUGAAUAGUCUCACCCCCCACAACAUUUAGGCACAAGCUCAUAGCAUAAGUCUUUACAUGCAAAAUGGUUGAACAAGUUAUCAUAAUAUGUCAAGCAUAUUUCUAUACUUUCUAUAUUUCCAUUAGACUUUUUUCUAAAUCUGUCCUGAAUUGGUAAAUUGCUCCCAGGUGAAUCUUGACUUUCUCUAACGAAGGUGCUUCUCAUGAAGCAUCAACUAGCAGGUAUAUAUAUAGCCGGAGCAACAGAAUGUUACAAUGUUUGACAAUGGAAGGACAAGGAAUUGGACGGGGUCAACAGCCAGAGAGAAGACGAAGAAGAGGAGUGAGGCUGCGUGGUGGAGGAGUUGGAAGGCAAAACCGAGGAAGAGGCAGAAGAGGCCGAGGACAUAUGCGUGUUCCUGAUGAGAUUAGAGCCACACUCGUAGACCACGUUCUCAAUCAUGGGCUUACAAUGGCCGAGGCUGGUCGAAGGGUGCAGCCAAAUGUUGGAAGAACAACUGUGUCCUCGAUUAUUCAGACUUUUCUUCGACAGAAUAGGUAUGUAAUCUAACAAUAGGCAUUGUACACUGUACUUUCCUUACUAAUUUUUUUCCCACAUAGGACUGCAAGACAAAUUCACAGGGGUGGCAGAGGGCCCCUUUUCGCACGUGAACAGGAGGAGGCCAUUUGCACCAUGGUAAUAGAAAACAAUGCAAUAAGACUCAGGGAGAUAAAAAGUGCCAUUAUACAGGACAACAACAUCUUUCAAAACAACAGUCAGCAUCUCAACCAUUGAUAGGGUGCUGAAAAGACACCAAAUGAAUAUGAAGCAGCUCUACACUGUUCCGUUUGAAAGAAAUGGUGAAAGAGUGAAGGAGCUGCGUUACCAAUAUGUACAGCGUAUAAUGGAACUGGAAGCAAGUGAACCACCGCACAGCUUCCUCUACAUGGAUGAAGCUGGCUUCAACCUAACAAAACGUAGAAGGCGUGGUCGAAAUAUCAUCGGCCACAGAGCUACAGUUGAUGUGCCGGGCCAACGGGGCGGAAUCAUAACCAUGGGUUGUGCAAUCUCUGAGAAUGGUGUGCUAACGCAUAUUCCCAUUAUUGGGCCAUACAAUACAGAGCGUCUUGUCACCUUUUUAGACACCCUCUACAGGGAUCUCAUCCCUGAACAAGAGAGGGGUCAGAUUGGAGAUGACCUGCCAAAGUAUGUGAUCGUUUGGGACAAUGUCAGUUUCUAUCGUUCCAACAUCAUCAGGCAAUGGUUUGCUGCCCAUGACAGGAUGCUGAUGGAGUUCCUCCCACCCUACUCUCCAUUGCUUAACCCCAUUGAGGAAUUUUUCUCAGCAUGGAGAUGGAAAGUAUACGAUCGUCAGCCACAUACACAAAUGACCCUUCUGGCUGCCAUAGAUGCUGCAUGUGACGACAUCACAGCAGAGGCUGGAUAAGACACUCAAAAAGAUUCUUUCCACGCUGCAUUGCAAGAGAAGAUGUUCGUUGUGAUGUGGAUGAGAAUUUGUGGCCCAACAGACAGGAUCGUCAAGAGGUGUAGGAAGAUUGUAAUUCCUUAAUGUAAUUUCUACAGCACCGCAUGUACAGUUUUUCCUAUGUUCACAUUUCUUCUUUAGGUUUUUUUUUUUUGUGUGCUAUUCAGUGCUGUCUUUUCAUUUCUGUAUCUCAAUGACAUGUUCUGUCAAUAAAAUACAGUACAAACAGUAAGAGUGUAAAUUUGAAUAUUUUCCAUUCUCUUGCAAUUACACUCACACAUACACUGAGAUGUAACUUACAAUUGACAAUAAUUGUCAUCAAAACUUUAGCCAUAGUUUCCAUCAGAACAUCCCUCCAGAGUAAACUGUUAUAUUGACAACAUGACUAAACAAUUUGACUGUCUUAUCCGUAUACAAUGACACAAGGACUUGUCAUUCUGAUGGCACUGACAUGUUCAUUGACACAGAUAUUUACUUUUGAGAGAUGAACUAAGGAUUUUGAGUAAGAGAUUGGCUUUUGCAGGUUAUCCAUGGUGUUUUGCUAUUUGUACAAAUUGUUUUGAGAAAUGCACUUACUGUUUUGCAAAUUGUGAGUUUGA